CUAAUGCUGCCCAACCUGUUCUCCAGGCUUUCAGCUUCUGGGUUUUUUAACAGGCUCAUUCAUGUGAUCCUGUCGGACAGAACAGCAGUGACACACUGACAGGUGACGUCUCUCCCAUAGUUGCAUCUCUGGUAGCAGUGUAUGCUCCAUUUGCUUUGAUUUGGCGUUUCUAUUGUUUUCUGUGUUUUAUAUAAAGCCAAUGAUAAUGCAGAUGUAAAGAUUCCUACAAAAUAUGAGUGAAAACGGCAGGAGUACAAGUUUCUCAGAAUGCCUCGUCCUGGAUGACUCAGAUAAUGGAGUCAUCAUUAAAGGAAUCACAAAUGACACUCUUGCUGUGAAGAGUGGCCUGCAAGCAGGAGAUAAGAUUAUGGCUGCCACUAUACACCUAGACCAUCUCAAUAAAAAUGAUGUGCAGAACAUUCUGAAGGUUCUGGAGCCAUAUGAUAACAACAUGAAGGUUCUUACAAAGAAGGAGUUGACUGGCAGCGUUGACUUUGGCUCUGUGGGAUUGGGUCUUAAAGACUCAGCAGAGCUACUCAGUCCGCAGAAAGAGCUGUCACUGGACACAUCAUCGGGGACGCCAGCUGCUUUGCUUGAUGGUCUGAAUGGAAAAUUAAAUGAUCUGCAGAGGCUGGACAGUGAAAUAAGUGGGCCCACCCCCAGUCUUAGUAUAAAUCAUCUGAAAGCUGAUGUCACAACACCCCAGCUCACCACUCCUAGUGCCUCACUUGACAUCAGGAAACCAGAAUCUAAGCCAGGCAACCUGAAAUACAAUCCUCCAAAAUUUGAAAUGCCACAGCUCAGUUUGCCUCGUUUCAAAACACCAGAAGCAGUUGGGAAUGUAGAUCUGCCUUCUGUCAAUGGAAAUCUGGAGGCGUCUGGCCCUAACCUGUCAUCACUGAAAACAAACCCUAAAAGUCCAGAUCUAGACCUGAAAUUGUCAGAUGUUGAUUCAAGUUCUCUUGAUGUAAAUUUAGAAGCUCCAAAUACUAAUAUUGAAACACCAUCAGGCAAAGUCACAUGGCCCCAUCAGAAAUGGAAAGGUCCCAAAGUUAAAGGGCUGGAUGCUAACUUGAGUGCUGACUUAUCUCCUGCAUCUGAUGUCAACAUUUCCAAAUCAGAUACUGAUAGGAAUCUAAAUGCUCCAGAUGGUGACAUUAAUUUGCCAAAAGCAGACGUCAAAAGCUCUGAUGUAGAUGUUCAAACUGGUAAAAUCAAUUGGCCUAAUUGGAAGUUCAAGAAACCAAAACUUCAAGGUUCAAGAACAGACUUAGAUAUGGCAACAGAUGUAAACACACCUGAUUUAUACCUUUCAAGCCCAAAAAUAAAGGGUGACAUUGAUUUACCAAAUCCUGAGCUCCCAAAAGUCGAUCUUCCAAGCACUUGUGUAGAUGCUCAAGCUCCAGAUGUUGACGUUGAUACAUCGGGUAACAUUAACUGGCCUCAUCUGAAAUGGGGGAAACCCAAGAUUCAUAGCCCCAACACUAAUAUAGAAACAGAUCAUUGCAUACCAGAUGUUGAUGUUUCUGCAACAAGUAUUGGGGGUGAAAGUGCACCAGAAGUAAAGGCUAAUAUUAACGCCCCAGAUGCUAACAUCAAUGCAUCUUCUGGCAAAUUCAGUCUCCCAACAUUUAAAAAGCAAAAGGUCUCUGGAUCCAAAGUGAAAGUACCAGAUGUAGACCUGGAUUCUGACGUUUUAGCCCCAGAGCUAAAAGUUUCAGUACCAGAGAUUGAUGGUGAGAUAAAUGCACCAGAAGCUCAGGUGCUUUUACCCAAAGGAAAAGCUGAUAUUAAUGCCCCAGAUGCUAACACUGAAGCCCCUUCUGGCAAAUUCAAAUUCCCAACACUUAAAAAGCAAAAAAUCUCUGGAUCCAAAGUAAAAGUGCCAGAUGUAGACCUCGAAGCUGAUGUUUCAGCCCCUGACUUAAAAGUCUCAGUACCAAAGACUCAUGGUGAGAUAAAUGCACCAGAUGCUCAGGUGAAUUUACCCAAAUUAAAAGCUGAUAUUAACGCCCCAGAUGCUAACAUCAAUGCAUCUUCUGGCAAAUUCAGAUUCCUAACACUUAAAAAGCGAAAGGUCUCUGGAUCCAAAGUGAAAGUACCAGAUGUGGACCUGGAUGCUGACGUUUUAGCCCCAGACCCAAAGGUUUCAGUACCAAAGACUGAUGGCGAGAUGAAUGCACCAGAAGCUCAGGUGAAUUUACCCAAAGGAAAAGCUGAUAUCAAUGCCCUAGAUCCUAACACUGCAGCCCCUUCUGGCAAAUUCAAGUUCCCAACACUUAAAAAGCAAAAGAUCUCUGGCUCCAAAGUGAAAGUGCCAGAUGUAGACCUUAACGCUGAUGUUUCAGCCCCUGACUUGAAAGUCUCAGUACCAAAGACUGAUGGUGAGAUAAAUGCACCAGAAACUCAGGUGAAUUUACCCAAAUUAAAAGCUGAUAUUAAUGCCCCAGAUGAUAACAUCAAUGCAUCUUCUAGCAAAUUCAGAUUACUAACAUUUAAAAAGCAAAAAGUCUCUGGAUCCAAAGUGAAAGUACCAGAUGCAGACAUGGAAACUGACGUUUUAGCCCCAGAGCUAAAGGUUUCAGUACCUAAGAUUGAUGGUGAGAUAAAUGCACCAGAAGCUCAGAUUAAUUUACCCAAAGGAAAAGCUGAUAUUAAUGCCCCAGAUGCUAACACUGAAGCCCCUUCUGGCAAAUUCAAAUUCCCAACACUUAAAAAGCAAAAAAUCUCUGGAUCCAAAGUGAAAGUGCCAGAUGUAGAUCUCGAAGCUGAUGUUUCACCCCCUGACUGGAAAGUCUCAGUACCAAAGACUGAUGGUGAGAUAAAUGCACCAGAAGCUCAGGUGAAUUUACCCAAAGGAAAAGCUGAUAUGAACGCAACAGAUGCUAACAUUGAAGUCCCUUCUGGCAAAUUCAAAGUCCCAACAUUAAAAAUCCAAAAAGUCUCUGGACCAAAAGUGAAAGUGCCAGAUAUUGAUGCCAAUCUUGACUCAAGAAGAGAACCCAACAAUCUAAAUCUUGAUAUGUGUGAUGUACAUGGACUACCUAAAACUGUAUUUACUUCUCCUAAUGUGAAUACUGAACUGCCCAAAGCAGACCUCAAAGGCAUUGAUGUAAAUGUUAAAACCCCCAAACUUGACACUAUAGAUCCCUCUGUGGAAUUGCCAGCAGGUGUCAAAGCAUCUAAUCUGAGCCUCUCUGCCCCCAGAAUUAAAGGAGACUUCAGUCCUUCAAGUCUGGCUGAUGAUCUAAUGACAGAUGUAAAAGAACCAAGUGUUAAUCUGCCACAAAUAUCUGAUUCAAACUUUGAAGCACCAGAUAUUAGUCUCUUGUCACCCAAAAACGUCUCAGCCAAAUUGUCAAAUUCUGAAUUGAAAGCCCCUGAUGCCACACUGACAGGUCCAAAUGUGGGCAUCAACCUGCCCACAGAAGGUCUCAAAGGACCUGAUGCACUGAUUGGAAGACCAGAUCUAGACUGUAAUUCACAUCUUGGUGACUUUAAGCUACCUCGCUGCAAGUUUCCAAACCUAGGUCUUUCAAGUCCUGAAGUAGAGGUUCCCACUGUCCAUUCCUCAGUGAAUGUAGAAGCACCCAGACUUAAUGUAGGCAGUCAUACAGGUGAUGCCACUACCUCUGCUCCUUCUGUAGACUUGAGUGAGCUUAAUUUAGAGAAAGAUAUUAAAAACCCUAAAAUAGACCUGAAAGCUCCAAAUGUAGAUACUAGUCUUGAGAAGUCCAAAGGGCUGAAUUUUAAAUUUCCAAAGUUUGGUUUUCCAGGGUCAAAAACAAAAGCUCCAGAAGUUAAUGCCAGUGCAAAGCUUAAUGUUUCGCCUGAUGUGACGGUCAAAGCUCCCAGUGUGGAAACAGGGGUUAGUUCACCUGAUGUCAAUGUGUCUCCUUUAGACCUGAAGACAUGCCUAAAACAGCCAGAGCUUCAUGUCAGAGAUGAAGAAGACACUGAAAAAAAAGGUUCUCAAAAAAGUAAGCUAUCAUGGCCCAUCAAAUCAAAGUCUGCUUUAGGUAAUGUGGAAGAUGAAAGUGGUGUCUGCUCUGAACCUAAUAUGUCAAAUGCUGAUGCGGACUUCCCUGUCUUCAAAAUCCACAGGCUGCCCAGAAAUAGCAUUAAUGACAUCGGAGAAAUUGGUGAAGCCUUAAACUUACCAAAAUCCGAUGCUGAAGACAAAAAUUAUGUUGUUAGCAAAGGGAUACGCUUGCCAAUAUUAAGCAAAUCAGCCAAAAUAGGUGAAAAGAUUGACAUUAUGGAGAGAUUAAAACUGGCAAGGGAAAAGGUUCCAAGUCCUGAUGUUAAUCUAGCAGGAAUUUCCUCUUUGGUGAAAGGAGAUAAGUCAUUAAAUGAAAAUGACAAAUUGUCAUUGGGCCUUUCUAACAUGCUUGGCCUUAAUUCUUUGGCCUAAUAGUUUCAGAUGCUAACUGAUACCUGCUAGGUUUAAUUUUAGCCCAGAAAUGUACAUAUAUAAAUAACAGACAAUAAACUGUACUAAAUUCUAAGUUUAUUUUACACUUGCCAGUUUUACUAGAAUUAAUAUCAGAUAGUAUCUUUGCUUAAUUACUCUGGAUACCUAAAGAAAGAAACUUGUUUUAUAAACUGUGUAUAUUACUGUUAUUUAUAUCUUUGUGAAUUCUGGGGUCAUGCUACUUAUAUAUUAGGUAUCAGCGUCCGUACUGCAUAUGAUUACACCUUGUACCUUGAAUUGUGUGAAUGUUUCUGUUACUUCUAUAUUCCAUAAAAAGCACAACACAGUUUUUCUUCUUCUGAGAAUAAUCAGCAUAGUGUUUGCUUAAAAAUGUUUGAUGCUUGUCAGUGAUCCCUGUACUUUUUUGGGUAAACUAUUUUGUAUAGCUGUGUCCACCCCCCUUUAAUGUUGAAGGCAUUAUACAUCAGAGAGCAAAUAAUUGAAAUUAAUAAAUGGGAGAUGUAGAAAAUUAUUUCUUUCUAACAUGCCUUUGCCUAUAGUAGUUAUUGGAACCUUGAAAUUUCUUACGUCAUAAGAGGUAUUCACAGGUGUCUUGAUAGCAAAACUUAAAAAAUACUAAAGAAUUGUAUUGAUUUUGAUGUGUUUAUUUCUCAAAGACAAACAAAAAUUUUGUAGAGAAGAGAAACACUGAAUGACAAAAGACAUUAAACGAUGUAAAACAUU